AUGGCGACUUUCAGUGCUGUUUCGAGGAGGCCAUUCAUAGCAUUGCCGUUUCUAAUACCAUCCUGUGAGCCGGUGGCUCUGGAGUUGCGCAGAAAUCAGUCUUCAUACAGACGUACGAAACAACGUCUUCGCGUUAAGCCGGAUGCCUCUUUUGGCUUCUCUUCGGAUCAAACCCAGGAUCACAUCAUCUUCAAUCCACCUUCGAGCGCUCCGUCUGUCUUCCAUACACCGACAAAAUUUCUUCCCCCUGAUGAUGCUCGGAGGACCCUUCGCACCGACGUGUCAAUGAAAAGUGAUCAGAAUCCCGAAAACCUUCCUCCUGUAUUCAAUUCGCCAACGGAAAAAAAGUAUCACCUGACUCCAUCUGACAUAGAGGAAAUCCGCAAACUCAGACUCAGCGACCCUAUGACUUGGAGCAGGUGGAAAUUAGCCAAGCGAUUUGACUGUUCUCCGAUGUUCAUCGGUAUGGUUUGCGAAGCCAGUCCUCAGAAGAAGGAAAUUCAGAGACAGGUCUUGGAGGCUGUCCAAUCGAGAUGGGGUUUGAAAAGACGGAUGGCCAGAGAAGACCGUCAAUUGCGGAAAGAAUCCUGGGGCAAGGAUGAAUGA